GAGUGUCACUGCGCGUGUGUCCAGGAAGUUCAUCAAACAUGGCGGCGGGCUACGUAAGAGCAGUGAGGACAGCGUUCAAAGGUGCAGAGCUUGUUUCCGGCCGGCGGCUCCUCGCACAGAUCCCGGCAUCAUGUCGUUGUUCCCGGCUACUACACGUCUCUCCUGCCGCCUCCAUGUGCAGCUCCAGGACGGAGCAGCAGAGCCCGAGACGCGGGGAGGAAGAGGACGAAGGACCGGAGUACACGCCGAGGAUUGCGAAGAACCCCAUGACGAAGAUCGGCUAUGCCUGGAUUAUCGGCCUCCCCACAGGAAUCCUCUGCUUCAUCCUCGCCAAGAGACAAGUGGAUAAAAACCGACUGAAGCAGCUGAAGGUUCGACAAAGGAUGAAAAUUUCAAAUGAUGGAGAGUAUGAAGGCAGUCGCUACCUCCACCACAGAGAGAGGGCUGGCCUUGACCGAUAAAAAUCAUGGUAGGUUGAUGUGUACCUGAAAGUCACUACUGGGGAUAUGAUUCUGCACUGCUCUGAUCACAAAAGAGAUGUCGGCUGUUUGAGCUCAACUAUCAAACACCAAGAAGCUCCUCAAGACUCUGAGAACUGACUGUUUGCUCUUGCUUGUAACAAAGCCUUAAAUCGGGACAUUUGUUUUUCCUUAUUCAGUGUGACCGUGUAGUUAAAUUUCCAAAAUGGUCAUCAUGUCGAUGUCCUAUAAAUAUAUUACGCUCGAAACACUUAAGGGAACGAACAAUUUCAUCUUAAAAACUAAAGUAAUAUAAAUGUUCGUUUUCUUUGAGAACAAAAUAAUCUAACGUCCAUCAGUAGAAACCAAAAUCAUUGACGACUGAAUUCAACAUGACACAGAAGAUCAGAGACCGAUGAUUAUGAUGCCAUGUUCCCUUAAUUAUUUGGAGCUCAAAGACAUGAAAAUGUGUAUUUAUUGAAACAAAUCCUUAUGAAACAUCAGUUGUUGGCACAGCUGAAAAUAAACCACAUUGUAAUCCAAAUAAAAGUAUUUUAUUUGAUAUAAAAAA